AUGUUGUCCUACAACGCCAUAUUUUUGAAAUCCUUGCAGUUUAUCGUGCAGAAACAUCAGUUUCUGAUUUUUGCCCAUUCUGUGAGAAAUCAAUUCAAACGACUGCAACAAGCUGUUCAAGGACACUAUAAAAAGCACCGUGCUGGCUGGCGUGUGACGCUUAGGCGUCGUUCUGUUGAUAAUUUGACCGUUCCAUGUAUUAUCUCAAGUAACGUUCUUUCGCUCACGGGAAAACUCGAUGAUGUCAAGAGUAUGAUAUACCAGAAGGAAUGCAAGAAUGUAGGGGCAAUUCUACUCCAGGAAAGCUGGUUACAUCCGGACAUUGAGGAUAAUGUCGUGCAUCUCGAUGGAUUUGACAUAUUCCGAGUCGAUCGUAAUGCGAGCUUCCUUCACGGAGGUGGUGGAGUGGUCACUUUCAUCAACAGAAAAUAG